AUGUCGGCUGGACUGCCGACUCUCGACUCUCUGUCCACCUCGAGCGGAUCUGGGAACGCUUCCGUACAUAAAAUGCCAAGUAGCUCGACAAUGAGAUCUGAUGAAGAUGAUGAGGACAUGGCUUUUGACUCUCCUGAAGACGAGAUAGCUCAUUAUAGGGAGAAAUGUAGACAAUCAAUGGAUAUGCUCACUGAAACAAGAGCUGAACUAGAGGAAUUUCAACAAUCAUCCAAGGAACUUGAAGAUGAAAUGGAACAAGAACUAGCUUCAAACGAGAAAGUACAAGGAGAGUUAAAGGAGAAAAUCAAAAGGCUCGAAAUAGAGAAGGAGGAAUGGAAGUCAAAGCAAAUCGCUCUACAAAAAUUGCAUAGCUCCACUACAGCUGCGAUGCACAGAGAAAUGGAUAAUUUACGAUCGGAAAGAGACAAAACUUUGGUCGCUCUGAGAGAUUUGGAAAUGGGCAAUGAUGAGCUGGAAAGGAAUGAAAGGGUGGCAGUCUCUUCUUUACUUGAUUUGGAAAGCAAAUACAAUAGAGCUAUAGAAGAGAAAACUCUGCUGGAACAGGAAAUAGUGCAAAAACAGGAAAUGGAAGAAGAAUGCCAAAGGCUAAAAGACGAGAUGAGAGACGCAAAUAACGAAAUAUCCAUUCUGAGAGAUCAAAUUUCACGAAUGACAUUACCAACUCCGCCUUCAUCAAUUUCUGAACCUGAACCUAUCCCAAUAUCACCAAUUCAAGACGCUUAUCGUGAACUUCCUUUGAAAGAUGAGAUUGAUCCUGCCUCUAUAGCAUUACCGCCACCUGUCCCUACAAAAUCACCUGGGAUUGGAAUAUCAGCGACACAAUCACCUGCUAGGCGAUUACCUAGAAGUACAACUUCUUCAUCUAUCCCCUUAUCCUCGCCUGUCCCUCGGAAGAGAUUGAUCUCGUCGAUUCCACAAUCACCUACCAUGUCAUCUCUAUCAAGAUCUACCACUUCAAGGAACCUAGCUGGGGUGGCUACUGGACCUCAAUCACCUGCUUUAACUCGUUCACGAUCAGGUAUACCUCAGCCUUCUCCUGCUAGAAUAACACAAUUAUCAUCGGUAUCUCAUCAACAGACUAAAUCUAGAGGAUUCAAACUCCUGCAUGAUCUGCAAGCCAGAUUGAAAGCCACUGACAACAAAUUAGGUGUGGCAAAAGUACCAAGAAGGAAUGUGUCGAAUCCGUUGAGUUUUGGUGGAAGUAAAUCACGUACAGCAUCUGCAUCUUCAAUGAAAGAAGAGAAAGAGAAAGAUCAGCCAAAACCGAAACCGAAAAUGACCAAUCCAAGAGUUACAGCUUUAAAUGGAAGUACGAAAAGUGGAGAUAAUACACCUAUGACAAGUUCGAACAGCUCACUGAUGUCACCUAAUGGAUGGGUAUUAAUCGAUGGUGAAGAGGACGGUGAUGAUAAUCAAGAUACUCCCACUGCCAAUGCGUUCAUGAACGCGUCAACUCGAGAGAGGCCAAGGGAAGAACCGUUAUCACCGCUAGAUGCCACGUUCGGUAUCGGUAAUAAUAGAGCAGUAUCAAGUGCAAGUAAUCAAACUAGUUCUACCUCUUCUCAACGUUCAUUACCUUCCAGACCGGGUAUACCAAGUCCUCUAGCAAAUAUCAAUGGGUUAAAUAGAUCUACAUCAUCUAAAAUCAUUGCUAGGCCACCUUCAAGAAGUGCGAGAAGUAAUACUACUACAGUUCCUUUUCCUACCACGAAUGCGAUCAGGACCAUGAAAAGAGAAAGUCAAAGUCAACAUCAAACGCCUAAGAUGAAAACACCACUUUCACCAAAUACGACUACGGGUACAAGUAAUAAUAUGAAUAGACCGAUGUCACCUUCGUAUACGCCAACUUCAUCAAGACCGAUGUCCCCUUCUCUGAUGACUUCGUUAUCUAGACCAAUGUCACCUUCGAUGUUACCACAGCUUUCCAGACCAUUAAGAGCACCUUCACCCCAGAUAUCAUCAACCCAUUCGUCUAGACCUUCAUCAAGAACUGAUAAACGCUUAGCAAUAGGGAAUAAUGGUAAUAUGAUAGGCAAAGGUCCACCACCGCCUUCGUUCAAUAAUAGACAUCCACCAUCAUUAUCAGCGUCAACGAAUCUGAGACGAUCGACGAGGAGAUCAUCUUUAGGCGCAGCAGAAGCUUCUCUACCACCUACAGGAAUUCCAGCUCCAAGAGAUAGUAUUGGAGGAGUCAAGACUCCAGUAAGACCAAUGACAAUUCACGGCGAUACUCCUCCUCCCGUUCCUAGAAUUCCAAGCGGUCUAAGGAGAAAACCAUGA